GAAGCUAGCAGUGAACCGCGAACCGCGGAUACAAUGGCUGGCUACGUCACUAUUAUUUUGUUGCUGUUGCUACCCGCGGCGGUGUCCGGCGCGGCGAGCGGCGGCGGCGGCUGCAUUGGCGCCAUGGUCGACGACACGAGCCGUGCGGGGAAGGAGGAGAAGCUCGCCAUGGAAAUGGCCAUGGAGGACUUCACGGUGAGCGGCGUGGACGUCGGCUCGCCGGCGGUGGCGGUGGUGCUGUGCACGAUGGCGUCCAAUGGCGACCCGGUGCGAGCCGCCUCGGCGGCGCUGUCGCUGAUCAACGAGAGGGGAGCUCGCGCGCUGGUGGGGCUCCACUCGUGGCAGGAGGCGGCGUUCGUCGCGGAGAUCGGGAGGCAGGCGAUGGUGCCCGUGCUGUCGUUCGCCGCGGCGGCGGCGCCGUCGACGUCCCGGCGGUGGCCGUUCCUCGUGCGGGUGGCGCGCGGCCAGCACGCGCAGAUGCGCGCCGUCGCCGCGGUCGUCGGGUCAUGGCAAUGGCGGCGCGUGGCCGUGCUCUACGAGGACGCCGACUACGGCGGCGGCGCCGGCGUGUUCCCGCACCUCGCCGACGCGCUCCGCGCUGUGGGCUCCGAGGUCGACCGCCGCGUCCCCGUCCCCGCGUCGCCGUCCGGCGACGCCCUGCGGCGGUCGCUCGGCGACCUCAUGGGCGGGCAGUGCCGGGUGUUCGUCGUGCACACCUCGGCGAAGGUCGCCGUGGCGCUGUUCGCGGAGGCGAGCAGGAUGGGGAUGAUGGCGACGGGGUAUGUCUGGAUCGUCACCGACGCCAUCGCCGGCGCCAUCGACUCCCUCGACGCCGCCGCCGUGUCCACCAUGCAGGGAGUCAUCGGCGUGAGGAAUCAUAUCUCCAUGGACACCAACUCCAAGAACACCAGAGACCGCCUCAUCGCGAGGUUGAGGAAGAGGUUCCGGUCACAGUAUCCCGGCGACGACGACGACGGCGGCGGCGGCGGCGGCGGCGACAACGACAAGACGAGAGGGCCGCACUACCCGGCUCUCCUCGCCUACGACACCAUAGUCGCCGUCGCGUCGGCCAUGCGGAAGACCAACGCCACCGCUCCAACCCGCGCCACCGAUCCGAAUCCAAGCUCGCCGGACUCCGGCGAGACGAUCAAGAUCGCCGUGUCGUCGAACGGGACCGAGCUGCUCAGGGAGGUCAAGAGCGUCCGCUUCCGCGGGGUGAGCGGCGAGUUCGGCUUCGUCGACGGCGAGUUCUCGCCGCCGGUGCGGUUCCAGCUGAUCAACGUGGCGGCGCCGAGAUACCACGAGCUGGGAUUCUGGUCGCCGGAGCACGGGUUCUCCAAGAGCGCGGGAGGCUGCAGCCACCGCGGCGGCGACGGCGGCGGCGAGUGCGAGCCAUCGAUGAGGUUCUUGGGGCCGGUGAUCUGGCCGGGGAAGCCAUGGGACGUGCCGAGGGGGUGGGCGCCGCCGGCGAACGGUAGCCCCUUCACCGUCGCCGUGCCCGAGAAGGCCGCCUUCCCGGACUUCGUGAAGGUGACGCGCCACCAUGGCCGUGGCGGCGACGACGACGACGAACCGAGCUUCGAGGGCUUCUCCAUCGACGUGUUCAAGGCCGCCGUCGAACACCUGCCGUACAACUUCCACUACAAGUUCGUCUCCUUCAACGGGACGUACGACUCGCUCAUGCAGCAUGACUACAUGAAGAGCUAUGACAUCCUUGUCGGCGACACGAGCAUCUCAUCAGGAAGGUACAAAUUCGUGGAGUUCUCGCAGCCGUACACCGAGUCAGGACUGGUGAUGGUGGUGCCAUUUAGCGCGGACACGUGGGACCGUUCGUGGAUCUUCCUCCGGCCAUUCUCGCCGGCGAUGUGGCUCCUGAUCGCCGCCGUCAGGCUGUACAACGGCGUUGCCAUCUGGCUCAUGGAGCGCAGGCACAACGGCGACUACCGCGGCGGCGUCUGGAAGCAGGUGACCAUCGUGCUCUGGCUCUCCCUCGCCGCCCUCCUCUCGCCGGGGGAGAAGGAGAGGCGGCUGAGGAGCAGCCUCUCCAAGGCGUCCAUGGCGGUGUGGCUGCUCGUCGCCGUCGUGCUGGCGACCAACUACACGGCGAGCCUGAGCUCGCUGAUGACGGCGCAGCGGCUGGGGAGGGAGGCGGCGGUGACGGCGGAGUCGCUCAGGUCCGCCGCCGGCGCGGUGGUCGGGUGCACCGAGGGCUCCGUCGUCGGCAGGUACCUCGAGGAGGUGCUCAUGUUCCCGGGGCACCGCGUCCGGAGGCUCGCCGGCGACGAGGAGCACCGCCGCGCGCUCGUCUCCGGCGAGGUUAAGGCCGCCUUCCUCCGCGUGUCGCACGCCAAGCUCCUCCUCGCCAAGUACUGCAACGAGCUGAUGACCACCGGACCCGUCUACCACGUCGCUGGCCUUGGCUUCGGUGUGUCGUCUCAGGUGUUCCCCAAGGGGUCGCCGCUGCUGGCCGACAUUUCGCAGGCAAUCCUCGAGGUGUUCGAGAACGGCACCAUCCAGAGGCUGGAGACGGCGAUGCUGUCGGCGUACAACUGCACGGCGGCGGCGGCGGCGGCCGCCAUGGACGGCGGCGCUGGCGACCUGUACCGCCUCGGCCCGGAGAACUACUGGGGCCUCUUCCUCAUGACCCUCUUCGCGUCCACCGCCUCGCUCGCCGCCUACGGCGUCUUCUUCCACCACGACACCAGCUGCGGCAGCGGCGGCGGCGGCGGCGGCGCCGUCAUCACCGGCGGCCACAGGAAGCAAGGUGAUGGCCGUAAGGAUUCUGCCACUGUUGACCCAGGAGGAAGCAGCCAUGGUGAUGAAGCACCUUCAUCAGCAUCAGUCACAGCUGGGCAUGGAGGAAAGGAUACAGAGAUGGUAGUAAUAAGCAUGGCAUGAGAGCUUUUACUUCUUGCUUGCCUCAACAGAAAUAAUGAUGAACAAAUUUGUCUGGGAUUAUGUCAAUCUAGGCACAGGUAUAUAAACAAUGCGUAGCGUUCAGGAGGAUCACACCAGAACAAGAAGAUGAAUGUUUUUUUUUUCUUUUUUGUAUUUACACCAAUUCUGAAAAGUCAUUAAGGCACAAUGUAUGCAGACAGAAGGUCUGCUUGACAGAAUCUAUCUUUCUGAAGAAAGAAAAAAAAAGAUCAUGAGAAAA